AUGAAAGAGGCUGCUUCUGUCGUCACAACGUUCACGGAGAUGAUGAAUGAAUCGAACAAGAUCAAAGCCGAAGAAGUUGCGAUGAAGAAAGAAGAAAUCGUGCUUGCUCAGCAGAAGCUCGAACUCGAGCGGGCACGGUAUGAACUCGACAAAGCCGAGCGUGAAGCUCGUUUUGCAGUCGAAAAGAAAGAGCGCGAAGCUCAGAUAGAGUUUAUGCGUAGCACAAUUGAAAUGAUGCGUGCAUUAACAAAGUAG